CAGUCUAGCAGGAGGCUUUCUACUGUCCAGACCAGCUUUUUCGGAAUACAACAUCUAAAUUUUAGUGCCAGAUUUUCCUCUACAAAUUUUCCAAAAUGAAAAAUUUAAAACUUUUGGCUCCUCUUUCUCAAAUUAUUAAGCCCGUUCGUAGGCAAAGUGUUUCGCGAGUUAACGCUCUUCUGAUAAAUGUACCUCGAGUGCAGAUCUCGAAGGGAAAGAAUAAUUACCUUUUGAUGGUCAUUCACAUGCAUGGCCUAACCAAAUUUGGACGUACAAUCGUUCGCGGAUCCGAUUCAAAAAAUCACGAGCAAAUUUUUGAGGAAACAAAAGUGGAAAUGGAUGAAAUUGGCAUUUGUACAAAGUGCUUGGGUGGAGGAUUCAUUAAAAACAAGGAAGAAGAGAGGUUUAUUAAGAUUUAUGGCUGCUGCAAGACCUUUGGAGAAGCGCCCCACGGCAGGACUAAGGAUAUACUGCUGUCUUGGACCAAGUACCAGCACUUUAAUAUCGUCUUGCCGAAAAAGAAUAUGAACGCGUUUGAAGAAGCAGCACCAAAGGAAUAAACAAAUAAGAACAAUAAUAAAAGGCUGUGACGUCGUUUGAACAUUU